UUCAGUUGACAUGCUCGUCUGCAUUUCAUUGGUCGCUUCGGUGUGAUGUGUCCUCGCCGGGCUGCUCGCAGUUCCCGUGCCUCCGCGGGACUCUUGGGGGCCAGCCCUAGGGGCCCUAGAUUCCGCUCCUUCCUGGUGUUGGGCGCUGGGAUUCUGAUUGGGGCCGGCAUAUUGCUAUGGGAGAGCUCGGCAGAGAGUCGGAGUGUGACGGAGGAAGACCGGAAGGGAGCAGACAGGGAGAUCGUCCCGAAGGCGCUCUCCCGCAGCUACAUCAGACAGCUUGUGUCCGAGGUGAAUAUUAAUCGAUUAUGGACGUCUUUCCUGAGACCGAUGCUGAUCGAGAGACAACCUGGGAGUGCUGGGAACCGGCUGGUGAGAGAGCUCAUUACCGGCCACCUGCGGUCUUUGUCCUCGGGUUGGACUGUCGACCUGGACCUGUUUGAUGCCCCCACCCCUCGCGGAUCCUUGUCAUUCGGAAGCGUGGUGGCGACGCUGGAUCCCUCUGCCCGUCGCCGCGUGGUCGUCGCCUGCCAUCUGGAUUCAAAGAUCUUUCCUAAGGACAGGAAGGGCCGUGCCUUUGUGGGAGCUACUGACUCGGCGGUGCCCUGUUCUCUGAUCCUCGAAGCGGUCACAGCGCUCGACACGCGGCUAAAGGAACUCAAAAACAGGGGCUCCUCGCUUACCUUGCAGCUCUUCUUCUUGGACGGCGAAGAGGCUGUUGCUGAUUGGACGGAAACAGAUUCGCUGUACGGGGCCCGGCAUUUGGCCCAACGGUUAGAAAAAACAGAGCUGCCGGGAGGUGGCGGGAAUCAACUCGACGCAAUUGGUCUGUUCGUUCUCCUGGAUCUGCUUGGAGCUGCAAACCCGUUGAUUGUGAACCACUUCUCUGGGACGCGGGGACACUUCCUGAGGUUGCGUGAUCUUGAGAAACGGUUACACGGCUUUGAUCUACUCCAAUCUCAUCCCUUGGAAAACUCCUACUUCAGAGGCGAUCUGUAUUACGGUGCCGUGGAGGAUGAUCACAUUCCGUUCAUACGGCGAGGUGUCCCGGCCCUACAUGUGAUCUCCACGCCAUUCCCCGCUGUCUGGCACACGCAUGACGACACCGAGGAAAAUCUUCACCGCCCAACCAUCAUCAACUUGUGCAAGAUACUUGUUGCCUUCCUGAGUGAAACACUGUCUCUUUGAACUUGAAGCUUACAACACGCAGUCUCGCAGAUAGAACGACUCUUGUACCUUUUGCAGACCAAAGCAGACUCCCAAAAUAUUGUUCUUUAAUAAGCUAAACCUGUCUGGUCUGCAACAACUGCCAGGAACUGCUUAGCCGUGCCAUAAAGAGAUGACUGUACCCCUACAGGCACCGCGUUCACAAAUGACACCAUUGUCUGUCCGGAACAAGAUCUAGUCCAUUGCUAGCUUACAGAAUGUCGGUUCUUUAGGAAACCUUGCUUUUUUUUGAUCUUAUGUCUAUGUGAGGGCAGGGAACACGGAAGAGAGUGAUUAUAUAUGCUUUCUAUCCUGCUCUUUUUGUACUAGGAGAAUUAAUUGACCACAAUCCAGCUAUGGUGUCAGAUAAAGUAUUAUUUAAAAAAUACUGUGAUUGACUGUGUAGGUAAGAGUGACAAAUACAGCUUUGUGAUUCAAGUGCCUUUGGCCAAUCAAAUA